GUAGAACCGCACGCACGCAAUCUCGCAGUUGAUCGAGAGACGAGAGACAGAGUUAGAUUCGCCUACUACGCUUUUUUGUUCCCACACUGUAGUUCCCGAUCUGCCAAUCUCCAAUCCGUUUGUUUGUUUGUGUUUGGCUUUUGCUCCGAUGUGUCGCCGUUUCGCCGUCGAUGUCGACGUUCGUUGUUGGUUUGCCGUGAGCAGUGGUGUUCGAGUGAAGUGCUGCGCUGGGAGAUAAGGGUUAUCGAUUUUUGGUCCUUUAGAGAAGGAAGUGCGUGAAUUUGUGCUCUGGAUGUACGUAACACUUUGGGAAGGUUGAAGAUCAAGUGGUUGAAGCUGUUUGAAGCUUCGUUGGAUAAUAGAGAGAGUGUGUGCAAAGUGAGUUGGCUGAUGCAAGGAGGCGUUGGGCAGCCAGCAAGCAGCUGAAGAGACGCCAAGGAAGACUUAUUUAUAUAUGCUAAAAUCAUCAGGAAUGACUGUAACUCCGAUACGAAUGGCGAUGACCAGCCCGACGGUUCCCGUGCAACAGAAGAGUGCCUCGCGGAUCAGUAAUUUUAGUGUGGCGUCGCUAUUGGCCGACACACGGCCCAGAACACCAUCGGGCGUGACGACCGCGACAGAGAUCCUCCUGCCCGCGAAUCUGUCCCAUGCGAGUAGUUCGCCUCGCUCGGCUCACGACAGUGGGUCCGUCAAGAAUGAUCUCGACCGCUCGGACACUCCCCACAGCCUGCUGGAGUCGGACGAGUACGACUCGAACCAGGAGGACUCGAUAGUGGACAUUGAGGAUAUCAACAAUGAGAACAGUAGUUCCCAGCCGGGGCUCUCGGACAAAUCCUCGCCAGCACUCCUGCAGCAAUCGGCGGCUUUGGCAGCCGCUGGUCAUGUUCCUAUCCGACCGACACCUUUCAGUGCCCUCGCGGCCGCAGCAGCCGCGUGGGGUGGCAUGGGAGGUGGUAUGCCGUGGCCUUCGGCCGCUACCCGACAGAUGCCCCCCUUUGGACCACCCGGUCUGUUCCCUGGGCAGGGUUUCGGACCGGGACAACUCGGUGGAGAUAACGAACCCCCGCGCAUCAAGUGCAACCUGCGGAAGCACAAACCCAACCGGAAACCGAGGACCCCCUUCACCACCCAGCAGCUCCUGUCGCUGGAGAAGAAGUUCCGCGAGAAGCAGUACCUCAGCAUAGCGGAGCGAGCCGAGUUCAGUUCCUCCCUGCGGCUGACCGAAACCCAGGUCAAGAUCUGGUUCCAGAAUCGUCGCGCGAAAGCGAAACGGCUGCAGGAGGCCGAGCUGGAGAAAAUCAAGAUGGCAGCGCUGGGGCGAGCUCCCGGUGCCCAGCUGUAUAUGGGCUACUUCCACCCGAGCCUAAUGGGCGGAGCGAUGCAUUUAGGGUAAAGCCCCCACCCCAUCCCAUCCAAAACUCGUUAGCGAAACCCAAAGUCUUCAGCACAAACCACACAAACACAACAACCAACCCUUCUGUGAAUAUUAGAGUUUAAGUAAGAUCCUGGAAACCAAAAUUUUAAGGGUCGCUUGAGGGUAUCAAACACAUACAUAUUAGAAGAAGGGGUCCGCAUCACACACUAUUUAUUACUACCCUAGCUAUUAAUUUCCUGUCUGAGUUCGUUCGUUCGUUUUUUUUUGGAAAUAUUCGGCAACGCCACGAUAGCGAACCACAAUCCACAAUAUUUACCAAUAUUUGGAGGCGAAACCAAUAAGAAAACAAAAAAAAACCAACCACAAUCAAAAACAAAAAAUAAGAACACAAACCCGGAGCGCGAGUGCGAAACUGUAAAUAUUAGAUCAAUCAAAGUAAUGGGGUACGAGAAAAUUAAUUUUGCGAGGCACUCGGCUGCGGGUUAUACAAACAAACAAACAAAAACUGAAAAACGAUGGACGCUAUUUGGAGGUUGGAGCCAACUGUGUAAAUAUUGAUCCGGAUCAACACGGUCCCUGGAGGGCGGGUGGGGGCGCAGAUAGAGAUGUAUUAUGAUAGGGAGAGAGGGGGGUGUUAUCCGACUUAAUUAUCCGAGUUGUGGGCGCGGAGGGAAGAAAACAUGCGAACUCCCAAGGGACGGCGGGAUGUGUAAAUAGUCUUAUUUCUAACUAGUGAGGCCCGAAUUUUUGUAAAUAUAGCUUGUAAGAAGGGGCUCGGAAAGGAAGAGGGCAAAUGAUUCAAUUACUGAACUGAGGCGAUUAUUACUGAGAGAGGCGAGCUAAGAUGUAAGUGUAAGCAAGUAAUAUUAUAGUUCUUCUUAGUUAAGGUAAAGAUAAUAAUUAUUCUAUUUGAAGAGAAGAAUAAAACAAUACGAGAAAGAAUUAAUCAAGGUCUCUAUUGAAUUGCGACAACACGAAGUGAGGAAAAAAAUCAAUUCACUUGGAAAUCUCAAUAAAAAGCGUUGAUAUAUUAAACAAA